AAGUUAAUAUGUAGUUAGAUCUCCCAUCCCAUCCCACCCUUUGCUUCCAUUUGUUGAAUUUCGUAAGAAAUAGCAAUUCAAAGGCCAUCACGAAAGAGAAGAGACUCCAUUGAAUUGAUUGACAAACACGCACACCCACACGCACACACUCACUCUCUCUCCCCCCCCAGGUUCCAGGUUCAUCCAUUGACCUCUCCCUUCUCAAAUGGUAUUUCCGUGUUUGGGCCAACCUUGGUUUCUGUUUGUGACUCUUUCCUGCCUUCUCCUACCCUGACAUUCAUAGGAUAGGAUACGAAUUACGAUACACACACAGCCAUGAUUGUUAUCCGUGUAAUGUUGCCAAUGGCGUGAUGAUAUAAUGAUGUGAUCACCAGAUCCAGAUCAUGACGAAGAAGUUGAUGCUUCAGCUGUCAGCAGGCAACCUUAUGGACCAGCAUGGGGCUCGCAGCGGGGAAGACGGCAUUGAGUUGCCCUAUACGUGUCAGCUCAUAACAGCGAUCAAUUCUCGGGGCAUUUGGUAUGGGGACGACCCUUUUGCCUUCUCCGUCCCUCUCCUCAUGCUCCAGCUCUCCCUCAUUUCCCUCUUCACCCGUUCCAUUCACCACCACCUUCUCAAGCGCCUCAGCCAGCCCUCCAUCGUCUCUCAGAUCCUUGGUGGUGUGAUUCUAGGUCCUUCAGUACUCGGGCUCAACGCUUCAUUUGUGAGCAAGGUAUUCCCAGCUAAAGGCAGGGGCGUCUUCGACACCUUCGCCCUCUUCGGAUUCAUGCUCUUUGUAUUCCUGAUUGGGGUCAAGAUUGACCCUUUCAUUGUCCUGAGGUCAGGCAAAAGGACGGUGGUUAUCGGCACUCUUGGCUUCUUCGUGCCCUACACGCUGACCAGCUUCGUCGCAUUCUUGCUCGAUCAUUUCCUCUCUUUGGACCGCAAUGUCUCUAUAGCAAUUCACUUGAUAGUAGGGAUGCUCUCCAUGACAGCCUUCCCUGUUGUAGCUUGCUUUCUUGCCGAGCUCAAGAUACUUAAUUCUGAAAUCGGACGCUUAUCAUCUUCAUCCUCAAUGAUCUGCGAUGUUUGUCACUGGUCUAUCAUGACACUCAACUAUGUAGUCCGAUUAGCCUCCACAAAAUCGUCGAGGACUUCCUUUGGGUCAAUCUUAUCGAUGGCUCUACUCAUCGGGCUCAUUGUGUUUGGGAUCCGGCCGGCUGCUUUAUGGGCAAUCCGGCAUACUCCAGAAGGAAAGCCCGUGAAAGAGAUCUACAUUUUCUCCGUCCUUGUAGCACUGCUAUUGUGUGGAUUUACUGCUGAAGCAAUAGGUCUCAAUGCCUUCGUAGCAUCGUUUCUUCUGGGUUUGGUCAUACCUGAUGGGCCACCCUUGGGGGCCACGCUGGUGGAGAGGCUUGAUUGCUUCGUUACGAUGGUGCUGAUGCCGCUAUUCUUCACUAUAUGCGGGUUGAAGAUGAACGUUUUCUCGAUAAAGUCGUUCAAGAAUGUCGGUGUGAUUCAACUGAUUGUUCUCGUCUCUUUCCUGGGGAAACUUUUAGGCGUGGUGAUGCCUGCACUCUUGCAGAGGAUGCCACUCCGGGAUGCCUUCUCUCUCGGUCUUAUUAUGAACUCCAAAGGCAUCAUCGAAUUGGCUCUCCUUCAUAGCUGGAAGAUGUCCAACGUCAUGAACGAAGAAUGCUUCUCUAUUGUUAUUAUCUCUCUGGUGGUUGUGACAGGAGUCAUCUCACCUGUAGUGAGGAUCCUCUACGACCCUUCGAGGAGAUUCAUUGCUUACAAGAGGAGGACUAUACUUCACAAGCGGCAGAACGAGGAACUCCGCAUACUUGCCUGCAUCCACACCGAGGACAAUGUGCACGCGACUAUGAAGCUCCUGGAAGCAUCGAAUCCUUCCAAGGACAGCCCCAUCAGCUUAUGUGUGCUCCACCUCCUGAACCUUGUGGGGCGGGCAUCAUCCCUUCUGAUCCCGCACUUUCCUCAGGAUUGGAACAAUAAGUCGUCCAGCUCUCAGAACCAAAACCUGUCUGAGCGAAUCUUUAAUCUGUUCAGGAAGAUGGAACAGAAACACCAAGGCCAGAUAUUAACACUUCGUUUCUACAAAGGAAUCUCUCCUUAUGCGACGAUGCACAAUGACGUCUGCUCCUUAGCAUUGGAGAAGAGGAUCACCCUCAUAAUAAUCCCUUACCACAGGCAGUUUACACAACCCUGGGGGAAGGUGGAGUCAAUUCAUGCCUUCAGGCACCUGAACAAGAACGUUCUCGACAAGGCUCCUUGCUCUGUAGGCGUCCUGAUCGAUCGCAGCAACAGGAAGAAGUACUACCGGCCGAACCACAUCGAGGCUUCCUCCUACUACAGGGUCGCUGUUCUCUUCUUUGGUGGAGCAGAUGACAGAGAGGCGCUUGCCUAUGCGAGAAGGAUGUCAGAACAUUCCCAUGUGCUCCUGACCCUCAUAAGAUUCUCCUGCUGUGGUCCGAUGGAGAUCGCGAGCGGGACUGCCAGGAGCAAAAUGCUCGAUGACGAGAUUCUCGAGGACUUCAGGUGCAAGAAUAAUGCUCAGAGGAAUAAAGAACGGGUCUCUUACCAGGAGGAGGAGGUGAGGGGGCGGGGGGACGUGAUGAGUGUGUUUAAAUCCAUGAAGGGCUGCUACGACCUUGUCAUGGUUGGGAGGAGGCACGGGGAAUCCAAGCUAAUGCAGGAGCUCAGGAAAUGCAGUAGUCGUGAUGAUCAAUUAGGAACCAUCGGGGACAUACUCGCCAUGGAAUAUGAUAACGGAGGCGAGUCUUUUAUCUUGGUAGUGCAGCAGCAGACCCGAGUCUGGGGAUUGAGGGACCCCGAGGAGUCUACAAGACUGAGAAGAAUUAAAUUGUAGAAUUUAGCUAGUUUUUCUUUCCUGCAAUCAUCAUAUACAUAUAUACACGCCGCGUGCACUUUCUUUCCAUUAAUAAUAGUAGUAGUAAUAAUAAUAAUUAUUAUUAUUAUUAUUAUGUACCUGUAUAGAAUCUAUCUAAUCUAUAUAAUGAUAGGGAGUUAGCAUUA